AUGCUGNUCACGCCCCCCCCGGCCUACCGUGGUCCCCAAGCCCCCUCCUCCACUGCUGCCACCCCCGCUCCACAUAGGGGUGCUGCCUCACAUGCCAAGACCGCUAGCUGUGCCGCUACAACCACCGCUGCUGCCACCACAACAAGCACCUCCACUCAGCUCUACCAGGAGCGCACGCACACCACACACACAACAUCUUCCACUGCCAUUAGUCGCAAGACAGGGGAGCACCACCGUCCCACCCCCACUACCAAGAAAGGAGAGUCCCUGGAGACGGUAGUGGACUCUGGGAUUGAAGAGCUGGACAGCCGCAGCAGCAGUGACCACCACCUGGACAGCAUCCUGGCCGGGGUCCGGGGAGACAGGCUGGACCGCGGGGAGAGGGGAGGACGGAUGGGAGGACGGGGUGGGACAGGGGUAUCAGAAAGGGGAGGAGAUUUUCUGGAGUCGUACAUGAGCUAUCUGGACGGACAAUCUUUUGAGAUGCAGAAUGCGACAGCAGCCACCUCCACCUACCCGAAAAGCAACAGGUUCAGAGAGGGAGGUCGCACCAGUGACAUCCACAGGCAGACCAGCACUGCUCCUGCAUCCUUCCACUCCCACAGACAAAGGGAGGAGCAGACGGAGGACGAGGCUGAUGACGGAGUGGAUGAAAGUGGCAGGGAUCGGUAUGGGUCGAGGGACAUGCAUUUGGGACGUCCCGUUUCACCGUACUUUGAACGCCCUCGCACCCCUGAGAUGAAGCCUCUCUGGGACGAGGGGCAAAUGGCCGGUGACCAAUCUGCAGCACUUUUAGAGGGGAAGAAGAUUUACCCUCCUGCAUCCAGUAUGAAGCCAAGCAUCAUAAAUGAGCUGAACAGUAAACUGCAGCAAAGAACCAAGGAGACCUGGAGCAGCCAGAGAGCGCUGAGCAGACACAGAAGCAGAAACAGAUUUUCAGAAGACUCAGCCUCAGCUCUGAGCCCCCCCUCAGUUCGAUCCACGUCACCGUCUCCGAUUUCAUUAUCGCAGCCAUCAUUGUCCCCGUCCCCGACCCCGACCCCUACUUCCCAGUACCCUAACUGGGGACGUUCCCCAUCUCCUCAACCUCAAGUUGCCUCUCAGCCUCCACGUUCCCAAUCCCCCCUGUCCCCAACAGGUUAUGCCCCUUAUCCAACUUCCCCCAAACACAGACCUGUGUACCGGACCAAAGCACUAGAAUUUCAGUUCAUCCCGAGUCGAGAGUCCCGUAAAGCAGAGUCACACAUGAUGCAGCGUAGGCGAGCACCCAGCCCCCUCAUCUCCCCCUCAGAGAGGCCCAAGGUGGGUCCACCACGGCCAUCUUCCCUCCCGCUGCUCCCUACGACUCCUCUCUACAGUGCUAUGUACGACCUCCGAGGUUCAGUUACCCCACCAUCACCUGGAAACCCUCUUGGAGAUCCUUACUUCUCGCCUUCCCCUCCCCUGUUUGCCCCCUCUGGUGCCCCUCCUCCUCCAAACAACGCUUUAGUUGUUUCUCGCUCCCUCUCCCCAACUCACUUCCUGUCGGGGACCUCAUCUCCGCCCAUGCAUCCUCACCCUCCACCUACAUGCCUGAGUUAUCCCCAUCUACCGCCCCCUUCCCCUACAAAGCCUUUUGCCGCCAAGCCGCUGCCCUACUGGACCAAGUACGACGUUGCAGACUGGUUAGGAUACCUGAACCUAGGAGAGCACAGAGAUCGUUUCCUGGACAACGAAAUUGACGGCUCCCACCUGCCCUCCCUAACGAAGGACGACUUUCUGGAUCUGGGUGUAACACGUGUCGGCCACCGCAUGAAUAUAGAGCGUGCCCUGAGGACCGUAAUGGACAGGCUGUCCAGCAGCCCAUUUCCCAUUUCUGUUCUCUCACCUCGGGAUGGACAGAUUGACAGGAGGAGGGACGAUGGGAGUCGGAGCUGAGGUUGCAACCGCAGAGGCAGGAGAGAGAGGAAGAAGGGUUUGAGUCAAUGAGGGAGGAAGGCACAACUGCUGCUAUCCAUGGUGGAUUCACACAACAAAAUAGGGGGGAACAUAUUUACACAGAGAGUGACAAAAAGAGGGAGGCAAUUCCCAAAGGGAGAUGGAAACACAUGGAAAAAGAGAUGAUGAUCCAUAAAGAAGCCGGCUGGCGCGCCCCAGUUGUGGCACGCUGAUUUACACAAGUACACUCCCCAUAUGCAUGCACAGUCACACCCAUCAACAAACAAGUAACACAAAUACAGUUUAGUCCAAAAUGCAUACGAAGACACUAUGGCGGAAGCAGAUAUAACAAGGGAAGCGAUGAAACCGAACCAAAUACUUGACAGGAACAAUCAAAUGCCUGUUAGAUUUCUAGAAUAAAAUCAAGCAGGUGUUUGAUGUUGCCGAGUUUGAAAAUAAGAAAAGGUGUCCGUCAGUGUGCAGCUGUUUGUUGCUCUAACCCCUCAGCCAGCUGGUUAAAUCUGUUCAGGUUUAAGAGUGGAGCCCACCAAGAACAUUUAGAGUGCAAUCAAUGACAACCCUGCCCCGUGUGAAUGGAUGUUAGCUUUAAAAUAUGUGUGAAUAUCAUUGAGGAAUGCGUAUUUGAGGGUGAGGCUGCAGGUUUGAUGCUUUGUCUAACUGCAUGGUCAACGUAGGAUGGCGUAGGGCAGUAAAUCAUGAAGACCGAUAACUAGCGUCCUUGAUUUAAAACCAAGGAUGUUGCUUGGGUUCGGCUUUAAUUGGUUUACGUCCUGUUUUUACCUCACCGCUGGUAGGGCUCCUUCCUCACUGCAGAUCCUGUGGUCAGGAUCUAAAGUGUUUCUCUAUAGCUCUUUAUCAUCUGCAGUCUUAUAACGACAUAUAUACAGACUGGUCACUGUAUCACACAUUUGUAGCAAAAAUAAGUGCCCAGACCAACAAAAUAAUAUAAAAAAUGUAAACACUGAUACACACACAGGCACCCGUGUUACUACUAUACACGCCUGCAUGCAUACACCAACAUGUAGACGAACACAUACCCACAAGCACUUGCAAGUGGUUGUGUUAGAGUUUAUGGGACACCUUAUAUAUAGACACACUAUAUGUUUGGAUCCGAGAUAUACUUAUACGAAAGGAGACAGACUGUGCUUUCAACGUAACAAUGUGAAGAGAUAUCCCUCGAGGAUUUUAUUUAUGGAGAAAGACUUCCUUAGCGUCUGGACAACUGUUGAACAACCAUUCAGACCUUCCGUCCGAGGGAGACUGGAAAGGAGAGGGGAGGGGAAGAGGAAAAACUGCCAUUUACUUGCUCUUUCCCAACCAAUCCCCCCUUCUCCUUCCAGGAGAGGCCCCCCCCCCUCUCUCGACUAAAUCCAGGAGGAAACAAACAGCCACCCGGCCGAGGAGAUCUGGGAGAAACGCUUAUAUCGAGUUUUAAUACUAUGAUUGUUCUUACAAUUUUUAAACUUUAAAUGGGAAUACUGGAAUACUAAUAUUGAUAUGAAGAGAUGUAUUAUUAGUAUAUAUCAUUACUUUCAUCGUCCUUACUGUUAUAGUUUCAGAGGGUUCCUGCUUUCUGCCUUUGGUGGCUGAUAUGGCGCUUUGGGCAGAAGGUUUAUUUUCUGACUGUGAUGAAGAAAAUUGUCUUGGUUAUAUAUAUAAAAAUAUAUGUGUAUACUAUAAAUAGGUAUUUUUGAAUUGAAGAUGCAUAUUAUUUUGUGCACGGUACCCUUAACGUUGCUUCUAUGUGAUAAGAAGCAUUGCAACUUAAUGUGAAGCACAUUUCAGAUACACUUUCUUUUUCUUUCUCCUUAGGCUACUGCUACUCUUUUGUCAAACUGUGAGGCAUUUGACAAGGACAAUAAUGGCUUAAAAUAUAUAUUUGUUUUCUCUUUUAAAAGUUAGUCGCCACUUAAUAAUAUGCAGAUACUGAAUGUGUUGCAACUCUUAAAUUAGGGAUGCCAAUACACAAAAGUAAAAAUCUAUGUCAUUGUUUUUCCAAAUCAUAUUGCACUAAAUGUCUUCUAUUUCUCCAUCAGCUUCCACUGCACAUGAACAUCUCCUUACAACUUCAGUCCUGAUUUCUCACUGUUGAUGAGAUCAAAUAUAAGGGCUCUCUCAUGACUUCUCUACCUUGAACAACAGCUCACCUCUCCUGCUGCUUCGAGUCCUCAAACACAUAUCACACGUGCGUUUUACAUCGGGGUGUAGAUGGGGAGUUUCCUUACUGCUAUCUAGCCUCACUGUUUUUGCAAAAAGAUACAUUAGUUUUCAAAAGUGCACAUACACACAAGCACGUGAAUGAGGAAAAGUGGUUUUGUCUCCGUAAUUGCUUGGUGCUGGUGGUCAAGGAGGGAUUUUAUUUGAAUGCAGGGGAAAUGGCAAUAAGGACGAUGAAAACAAUGGUCAUCUAAUUAUGGUUCAAGAUGUAAAAAAAAAAGUCUCAAAAGUUCUAAAGAAUCUCUGUCUUCCAAAUAAUGUUUAACAUAAAGCUACAAUGUAUUUAUUUAACUGUUGUGCUUUCUAUACAGUUUGACUUGUUCUCUACAUCUUCCACUGUUAAUGACCUCACAGUAUGAAGAGCUCCAGUCUGUUUCCCAUUUGCAUCUACAUGGCAUUUUCUGCAGUCGUGCAUAUGUGCUGUCUAUGCUCACAGCUAAUUGUUUAUUACCAGCAUAUUAUGCAAUGACCCUAUUUCCAUUAGCAACUGUGGCUUUUCACCUUUCCCUUUAAAGGUUUUUAAGUGUUUUUCAUCUAAAAAGGGUGUGUUUCUGAUAGGGUGAACAAGCAGAAUGUGGCAUCCUUUCCAAACUUAUUUCAGAGCCAAGUUGUACAUGUCCCCUUCAGGUCUCUAAAACAUUUGCUAGUGAAAAUAAGGCCAAUUAAUAACUGUGGAUAAGACAUCUUGAAAUAUUCACUUACUGAUAACAUGAUGUUCACAUUAAGUGACAUACAAGAAACAUAAUUUUUUGGAGAAUUGUCCUUAAUCCUUUCUUUGCGUUUUAAAAGUAAUUAAUAUAUAUAUCGUGGCUCAUCGUUGCCGUCAGGAGAACAAGAUGAUGGAAUUGGUCUGACUCUAUAGAAAGCAUUUAUUUUCCUUUAAGAGAUCUUUUAAAAUA